UGAAUUUUCUAAUCUCAUCCUAUUUGUUUUUCAACCCCAAACACACGCGAAAAAAAAAAAACAAUAAAAAAUAAAUCACUUUCUAUCGCACACAACGAAACGAAACCCUAGCGAAGACCCUUCUUCAUUCUCCCUUUAAUUUCAUUCCCAUGUCUUGAUUUCAUCUCAUCAAUCAGGUUUCAUGUAGCUGGUGUAUAGAGUUAAUCGACAAAUAAUUGAUGGAUGAUGAUAGUAAAAAUGGAUAACAUGUCUGCUCCCUCAUCACGGGAGCGUGCGAAACACCUUUAUGAAAAGAACCUCGAAUUGGAGAGUAAGCGCAGGAGGUCUGCUCAAGUGCGAGUCCCGUCAGAUCCAAAUGCUUGGCAACAAAUGCGUGAGAAUUAUGAAGCAAUAAUUCUCGAGGAUCAUGCUUUCUCUGAGCAGCACAAUAUUGAAUUUGCUCUUUGGCAGUUGCAUUAUAAGCGGAUUGAGGAGUUUAGGGCAUACUUCAAUGCCGCUCUUUCUUCUGCAAAAUCAAACCCGUCUCAGGGAGGGAAAGUCCAUGCGCGACCUGAUCGGAUAACUAAAAUAAGGCUGCAGUUUAAGACUUUCCUUUCAGAGGCAACAGGAUUUUACCAUGAUCUUAUCAUGAAAAUCAGAGCAAAGUAUGGGCUUCCACUUGGUCACUUUGAGGAUGCAGACAAUCGGAUUGUGAUGGAGAAAGAUGGAAAGAAAUAUGCUGAUAUGAAGAUAGGUUUAGUAUCUUGUCAUCGUUGCCUGAUAUACUUGGGUGAUCUUGCUCGUUAUAAAGGAAUGUAUGGUGAAGGUGACUCAAUAAACCGGGAGUUCACAGCAGCUUCUAGCUACUACUUACAAGCUGCAUCUAUUUUGCCUUCUAGUGGAAAUCCCCAUCAUCAGCUUGCUUUAUUGGCUUCAUAUUCUGGAGAUGAGCUGGUGGUUAUUUAUCGCUAUUUUCGUAGUCUGGCUGUGGAUAAUCCAUUUACAACUGCAAGAGAAAACUUGAUAGUUGCUUUUGAGAAGAAUCGUCAAAGUUUCUCUCAGCUACCUGUUGAUGCCAAAGUUCUCGCGGUCAAGGAAUCUUCAGCAAGACCAACUGGCAAAGGAAGAGGAAAAGUCGAAGCAAAACUUUCAACAAAGGCAGCUAGCGUUGAUGCUAGUCCUAGAAUUGAAGGAGCAUCCAGUAUACGAGAAACUUCUAAAUACUUCUGUACUCGCUUUGUCCGUCUAAAUGGAAUCUUGUUUACUCGUACAAGCCUCGAGACCUUCAAUGAAGUUCUUGCUGUUGUUAGCGCUGGCCUGCGUAAACUUCUAUCUUCAGGGCAAGAUGAAGAACUGAAUUUUGGCAUUGAUGCUGCUGAUAAUAGGCUUUUCAUUGUCAGAAUUGUCUGUAUCAUAGUAUUUACAAUUUAUAAUGUGAAUAAGGAGUCUGAAGGUCAAACUUAUGCCGAAAUUGUACAGCGUGCUGUUCUUCUUCAGAAUGCAUUUGCUGCGGCAUUUCAAUUGAUGGGUUACAUAAUAGAGAGAUGUGCUGAGCUGCGUGAUCCAUCUUCUAGUUAUCUUUUACCCGGCAUUUUGGUUUUUGUUGAGUGGUUAGCUUGUUAUCCAGAUCUAGCCAAAGGUAAUGACGUCGAUGAGAAUCAGGCUACUCUCAGAUCAAAAUUUUGGAACCAUUAUAUAUCCCUUUUGAAUAGACUGCUUUUGGUUGGGCCUAUGUUGGUUAUUAACGAGGAUGAGUCUUGCUUUAAUAACAUGAGCAGGUAUGAAGAAGGGGAAACCGAAAACCGACUUGCUUUGUUUGAAGACUUUGAGUUAAGGGGGUUUAUUCCACUGCUUCCUGCACAAACUAUCUUGGAUUUUUCUAGGAAGCAUUCCCUUGGAAAUGAUGGUGAAAAAGAAAGAAAACCUAGGGUCAAAAGGAUUUUAGCUGCAGGGAAGGCUUUAGCAAAUGUUGUUAGCAUUGAUCAGAAAGUGAUAUAUUUUGAUUCAAAGGAGAAGAAAUUUACAAUUGGUAUUAAGCCUCAAGCCUCAAAAGAUUUUGUUCUUACUACCUCCUAUUCAGGCAUGCUCAAUGCAGAAGACUUGCUGCAAGAAAAUCCAGGAGACGAAUCAAUUGUCGAAGUUGUUCAAUUAAACCAAGACCAGUAUAUGGAGGGAGAUGAGGAUGAUGAAGUUAUUGUUUUCAAGCCUGUUGUGUCUGAGACGCGAGCUGAUGCGGUUGUCUCAUCAUGGGCUCCCCAUGAUGGUUUGGAGCCUGCUCUAAAAGCAUUUGGAGGGGAUUUAAAAUUUCAUGUCAAUUCUACUUCCAACCCUCUCAAUAAUCUAAACCUUCAAACUUCGCCUGUUUCUGUUAGCAGUAUGAUGCCUCAAAACCUGCAACCACAGCAAACAUCAAGGUGGAUUGAGGAGGAUAUUUCUCUUAAGAACAAUUUUAAAGGUCUUGCCUUAUUUGAGAAUAGGCAUGUAAUGAAAGAUGGCCUACAAGAAGCUGUAGGCUUCCCAAACCACGCAGCACUCCCUAUUCCAAUUCAACAAUCUGUCGCUGCUGACAGUAAUGGUGUGUUUUACGGUCUCCCAAAAGCUUCAGAAUCUGUGGUACAAUCCAAAGUUGAUGCUAUUGCAUCUUCUGGAGUAAUUACUGAUAAUUUAUCUGGGAUGACAACAUCAGCCUUGCAAGCUACUUUGAGAAAAUCCCCAGUCUGUCGACCUGCUAGGCACCUUGGACCUCCUCCUGGCUUUAGUUCCUUUCCUUCUAAACAAGGUAGUGAAUACUCUAUUUCAGAUUCAAUAAGCGGGAAUCCUAUUAUGGAUGAUUAUGGUUGGUUGGAUGGAUAUCAUUUGGAUUCAUCAUCUAAUGAUUUAGGCCCCACUGGGCCUCUGGCUUACUCUCAAUCAAAUUCUCAUAAAGUCAGUAACAAUGGAUUUAGUGGGACGGUCAGCUUUCCCUUCCCUGGAAAACAAUUUCCAUCUGUGCCUCUUCAGGUUGAGAAACAGAAUGGUUGGCAUGAGUGUCAAACAUACGAGCAUUUAAAAUCACACGCAGAUCAGCAGCUGCAACCUCAACAGCAGCUCACGAAUGGAAAUCAGCAGUUUCCUCCUCAUCCUGAGAAAUUUCAAGGACAAUCAAUUUGGACAGGUCGUUACUUUGUGUGAUGUCAGUAUGAGAGUAUAGAUGGAUUAUUGUGGAUGGGCUGCAUCAUUUUGCUACUCAUUCAAACUCCAGCUUUGCGGCCUUGUUAUUGGAUGUUGUUGGAGUUCCUUUGGUCUUGACUUGUUGCAGGAUGUUGCUACUACAAAAGAUUAUGCUGAGGUCUCUCAAGCCCGGACGAAAGAAGAUAAACAAGCAUCUUUACAGUUCAAAGUUCUUAAGAAGUAAAUGCCUUGUCUGGUUCCAUUGGGGUGGAUAGGUGGUGAUAAAUAAAAGACUAAUCAUUCAGUCAUGUUGGAGCUUGUGUCUUUUAGGAUUGGUGGUGUUACAAUGGUUCGUUCAUAUCCAGGGGAGGUGUCAUGAUGAUGCACCUAUAAGAAUCGUUGUUAACAACAUCAUUUGGUUGCAAAUGAUACUACAUAAUGCUUCAGACUAUAUAGUUGGGAAAGUUGCUAGGUAAGAAGUGGGUGUCAAGUUUGGAUAAUGGGAUAUAUAUAUGAUAUAUAAGCAUUGUGGGGACUCACUUGAGUUAGUGAGUUAAUGUGUUUAGUUGUUGCGUAUUCGUUAAGGAUCAUAAUGAUCUGCUGUGUGUGUUUGAUGAGUGCUAUGGUUCAUUUUCAUGUUUUUAUAAGUCGGGGUGUUGGCUCGAACUUGCAAUUUGCAAAUAAAUUGGUGGGUAUUGGAUACAUAUCCAUCUUGGUAUGUAUGAAUAUACAAUGAUAUGUCAUUUGGAUGUAGCAUUUUUAUUACUUGUCGUGUUGGUAUUUUUUAUGUUA